UCGCUUCUUCGACCGCCUUUCUCUUUACCAGCCCGAGCUAUCCGCUCAGUUUUCACCGUAGCCUCAUCCAGGAACCAUUCUCGACAGAAUGUCUCGAAGAUCUGGUAAAACGUUCACGUGAAUUCUCUUCCCUCUUACAUCUUUCUCUCGCUCUCUGUCUGUCAAAUCAUUUCGGAAAGUCCGCGGCGCAUAGGAAUGUGAACGAACGGAUGAGCGAGUCCCAAAACCGACUGUCAUCGAUGCUUUUUGGGCCAAGUGCGAUAAACAAGAUGACAGUCUUCCCAUUAUUGUGGGCCCUGCUCCUGCCGGCGGUGAUCAUCGCCGGCUACGUGCCCCCGGGGCCGAGGUUCAGGUGUCCCCGGGAGCCUAAGUUCAUCUACCCUUGCGUCUGUGUACGAGGAAGUGACAGGGGAUUGUACAUUCGCUGCGAGAACACGAACCUCGCCAGCCUCAGUCUGGCGUUUUCGAAUUUGGGAAACGAAGGCGUGCCCAUUGAGGAACUCGUUUUGUACAAAUGCAACGUAGUCCGUUUUUAUGGGCCGGCGCUCUACCCGCUGGACGUGCGAGUGCUCAAGUUCGUCGACACCCCGUUGAGAUUGAUCGAGGAGCACAGUUUUCUCGGCGUGAACAGAACUCUGCAGGAGCUUUACGUGACGAACAGCGUCCUGGAGAAGUUCCCUCGCGAGGCUCUACAGAUUCUGGGAAAUCUGAGCAUCCUCAGCAUCGCGGGGCAUCGGAUCUCGGUCUUACCAGCGAACAGUUUCGCCGAGAGUGCCGCGGCUGCGAAAAUCGAGCGGCUGGAGAUUAGUAACGGCACGUUGGCUUCGCUGCCGGUCGAAGCCCUGACGCCUUUGAAAAAGCUGAAGAGAUUGGAUCUCCACGACAACGAGAUCAAAGAGUUGAAGAGGAACCAAUUCAAAGGUUUACGAGACACUGAAUAUCUGGAUCUGUCUCAUAAUUUGAUACGCAAUCUCGACGGCUCGCAUCUGGCCGAUCUGACCAAGAUGGGCUGGUGCAAUUUGUCUCACAACGCCAUCGCGGAUUUGAAGAGAGGAACCUUCGCGAGAAAUUCGCUGCUGAAAGUGUUGAACCUGAACCACAAUAAGAUCAGGAAACUCGAUUCGAACACGUUCCGCGGUAUGCGUUUCUUGGUGAGGUUGUUCUUGAGCGAUAACCAGAUCGACGACGUUGGCAGAGGAACCUUCGGUCCUGUCACCAGGAUAGGAACCAUAGAUUUAGCUAGGAACUUUAUCAGGAAGAUCGAUUUCCAGAUGUUCAAUCAGCUGCAGUUCGCAGAGCUCCUGGAUGUCUCCGAGAAUUUCGUAUCGGUCGUGGAGAAGCUGUCGUUCAAGGAUCUAUACUUGGCAAAGGUGAAUUUGUCUCAUAACGAGAUCUCGAAAAUCGAACCAGGUGCGUUCGAGAAUUGCGUGAAUCUGACCGUCUUGGAUUUGAGUCACAACAAGCUGGAGAACAUUUCUAAAUACUCGUUCGAUGCCAACACGUAUGCCACCGAACUGCAACUGAGUUACAAUCAGUUCACUGCCCUCACUCAGGUACCGUUGCACAAUAUGACUGGUCUCAAAGUCCUCAACGUCUCUCACAAUCUACUGCACUCCGUCCCCCGUCAAACGUUUCCAAAGUUAUACGAAUUGCACACGAUCGAUCUAUCGCAUAACAAUCUGUCCGAGAUCCACAACGCGAUCUUCCAAACGCUGUUCAGUCUACGUUUCUUAAAUCUGUCGCACAACUCUCUGGAGAAAAUAAAACCGUCUACCUUCGGUCCGCUGCCCACGUUGCUAGAGUUGGACCUGAGUCAUAAUCAGUUGAACGACGUUGCGCGCAGCAGUUUAACCAGGCUAGCGAGUUGCAGGAGUUUGACGGUGAGGAACAAUCGACUGACAAAGAUCUUCCAGCUACCGAUUUCCCUUGGUAAUCUCGACUUUUCCGAAAACUGGCUAGAGGAGAUACCGACGAUGGACGUUUGGCCAUCGAUGAACGCUCUCCUCUCGCUAGAUUUUUCGGGCAACAGGCUGGCCGACAACCUCAAAUAUGGGAGCUUCGAAAACCUGUUGACCUUGAGGACUCUGAACCUCCGCUCGAACAAUAUCACGAGACCGCCUUGGGAGGCGCUCAGCACUUUGACCAGUUUGCAGUAUCUUCUCCUACAGGAUAAUCAGUUGACCGAAUUAGGAAAGUCGGCGUUCGGACGUCUUCCCAUAGUGUUCGAGUUGAAUCUAGCAAACAAUCAGAUACGAAACGUGAGCACUCGUGCCUUCGAAGGAUUGUUACAACUAUUGACGUUGAAUUUGACGAACAAUAAAUUGACGCAUAUUCCGAACGGAGCGUUCCAGGGUCUCGUGUCUUUAAGAACCUUAGACCUGUCCCGAAAUGAAUUGGAAAGGCUGGACAACAAGACUCACGGUCUGCUGGACGAUUGUCUAUCCCUGGAGAGAAUAAAUCUCAGUCACAACAAAAUUUCAUUCGUCACACAGAGAACGUUUCCAAACGAUCCAUGGAUCCCUUAUAGAUUGAAAGAGAUCGACCUCUCGUAUAAUACCAUGCCCGUUUUGACGCACGAGUUGACUGCAGGAGCGAAGAAGAUUCAGUACUUGAACAUCAGUCACAAUAAUAUCAACGAGAUUCGAAAAUAUGUGAUCGGCAACUUGACCGCGUUACAAACGCUGGAUCUUUCGUACAACGAGAUCGACGAUCUCUCCGAGCCAAAUGUCUUCGACCCGCCUGCCAAUUUGACUAAUUUAUAUCUGAGUCACAAUCGGCUGACGCACGUGCCUUUGAAGAAGAUCCUGCCACUGCGAAAUUUGAAGAUUCUCGACGUAGAGUCGAACACGGUUGGUGUGUUCGCCGAUGCGUUCAUGAAGAUAAUAGAGAACGGCACCGAGCUUCGGUAUCAAGGAAACCCACUGCACUGUGAUUGCUACGUGCGACCCUUGAAAAGAUGGUUGAGUACUUUUACCGAGAUACCAAAGGAAUGGACGAACGUUAGCUGCGAAAGUCCUCGUUUUGUUUCUGCUAAACGUUUGUCGGAAGUCACGGAGGAUCUGAUGGGCUGCGGGGAGAGGGAAGAGAGCGAACAUCCAGAAUUCGGCAUCACGCCCGAUGUAAAAUAUCGAAACGUUGACUAUAACGAGGAAGAUAAAAGCUGGAAGGCGACGUGGUACGUGACGUCUCGAGAGGACAUUGGCGAUUUUUACGUGGUGGUCCGCGAGUCUGGCAGCAGCAAGACGACGUUAGAGAAAGAUCUGGUUUACAGCGAGAGGUCCUUCAGGAUUCCGGAACUACAGGAUUCUGGGACGAAAUACGAGCUCUGCGUGCUCGCCAGGGAUUCAGAGGGGAACGUGAAACACUUCCGAAGCUCGCAGUGCAAAAUUUUGGCGCAGCACGCGUUGGAUUCGUCGUCGAAGUUGAACACGGUGGACGCGUUCCUGAUCGUAAUCGCCGUGUCCCUCGGUGUUCUAGCGUGACUGAAGAGGAUCGAGCGAUUCUAAUCGCUACAAUGACUGUACAUAGAUCGUCUCUAAACAUCGUCCGUGGGCACGUGAACAAGAUCAAAUUCGUCGGAUAAACGUAAAAUUAAUUUAUUCCAAUAAGAUAUGACCAUAUGUUCCAUCACUACGUUGAACGUCGUGUAUUUAUUUUUGUUAAAUAUAUUACCAAACCCGUUGCCCUACGAGUGAACAGUUUCUCCCCGAGAGGCAUCACGGGAGACGGUCGAUCGACAGGAUCGAAGCGUCGAAACGAUUCGCGAUUAGGCGUGGGGACGAUUACCGGACAA